UCGAUGCACUCGGCUGGCGGCGGGGCGUGCCUCCUCUCCCCCCGGCUCCUGCCGCCCGGCCCUUCCCCCCGCGGCGAGCGGACGGCUCCGGCACGCGCCGCCUGUGCCGCCGGCGGCGAUGUCGCGGCGGUCCCGCGCGGUGCUGGCCGUCUCCGCGCUGCUCUCCGCCGCCACCGUGGUGGCCGUGCACGUCCAGCAGCGGCGGGAGCGCGAGAGGCUGCACAGUGGAGUUCUCCGAGAUCUUGAGCGUCAAAAUCAGAAAAAGGAGAAUAUUCGCCUGCUGGAAGAGCAGAUUGCUUUGACAAAGCAGCUUAUGGAAGAAAGAGACAAAGAGCUAAUGGAAAAAGGGUCCCACCAGUCCUAGGCACAAUCCUGAGUCGUCAGAGGUUUGAUUAAAGACAUUUGGAGAAUAUCAGUGUCU